ACGCAGCACUGGUGACGUAAUGGGUGUGGGCGGGGAGUGACAUCCAACAAUACUUGCCCGGCAACCGGGCAAAGCCAGCUGUCAUCUGUCUCGAUAUUAAACAUGGCAGGAAACAAGUCUUACACUAUAGUAGAAUAUUUCGGCGGGGAUGACGGUUACCGCUGUGGUUACUGUAAAAAUGAAAAAGGGAACUUUUCUCAUGGGAUGUGGUCUCACACCAUGACAGUUCAAGACUACCAAGACCUCAUAGAUCGAGGAUGGAGGAGAAGUGGGAAAUAUGUCUAUAAGCCAAUAAUGAACAAGACGUGCUGUCCACAGUAUACCAUCAGAUGUCAUGUACUGAAAUUCCAGCCUUCCAAAUCCCACAAGAAAAUCCUGAAGAAGAUGAGCAAAUUCAUUUCCAAAGGGGAAUUGCCAACAGGACAGGAUGAUGGGGAGCCGAUGGACUCUGUGUGUGGAGAAGAAGGUCCACGGGAACUGAGUAAAGUCUGUCACGCAGAAAUGAAGUGUGUUGCUAUCACAGACAUUCAGAAGGAAGUAGCAGAGUGUCCCACUAUCACAGAAGCUCAGAAGGAGGUAGCGGAUGCUGCACCUACAGGCUCAGAAUCAUCAAGAAAGGAUCCAGUGUCUGUCCCGGAUGGAAGAACAACAGUCACAGCUCCUAAACCAGGUGCAGGGAUGGGAGCUGAUCCUAGCCGGCCACCAUGUCGGAAGGCCAAAGAUUUAAGGAAGGAACGACGUCUUCAGAAAGAGCAGAUGAGACAACACGCUGAUGGGGUCUCUUCCAUUGUCUCUCCUACCCCACCCACUCCCACCCAGACCAACCAAACCAAAACGCUGGAAGAUUUCAUCAAUGAGUCAUUGCCUGACAACUUUUCUCAUUGCCUUGAGGUGAGGCUAGUGCGCUCCAGUCCCCCUAGCCCGCAGUUCAAAGCCUCUUUCGACGCCUCCUACCAGGUGUACAAACUCUACCAGAUGGCCAUUCACAAGGACCCUCCUGACAAACCCUCCGAGUGCCAGGUGAGGCUAGUGCCGGUCAGCUUUGAGGACCCUCAAUUCACAGCGUCCUACCAACAGUCGGUUGCGCUGUACGCCCGCUACCAGAUGGCCAUUCAUGGUGAUGACCCCAGCGAAUGUAGUGAGAGUGAGUUCCGGAGAUUUCUCUGUGAUUCACCACUAGAGGCAGAAUAUUCUCCAGAUGGACCCGAGGUGGGCUAUGGCUCCUUCCAUCAGCAAUACUGGCUGGACGGACGCAUUGUAGCUGUGGGGGUGAUUGAUAUUUUGCCUACCUGUGUGUCCUCUGUCUACCUGUACUACCACCCAGAAUUUGCCUCACUGUCUCUGGGCUCCUACUCUGCUCUCAGGGAGAUCGCUUUUACCAGGCAGAUGCAGAAACAGUCCCCCAAGCUGUCUUACUACUACCUGGGCUUUUACAUUCACUCCUGUCCCAAGAUGCGGUAUAAGGGGCAGUACCGGCCUUCAGACCUUCUGUGCCCAGAGACCUAUGUCUGGCUACCAAUAGAGCGAUGCCUACCGCAGCUGGAGAACUCCCGCUAUGCUCGUUUCAACCAGGAUCCUGAUGCAGGAGAUGCUCGGGUGCUGAAGGAUGUGAACCGAGCACUGGUGCUAUACAGACGGGCCGUCAUGCCGUAUGCCGCCUACUCCCGCAAACGCAAGGGCUCCAGCGACGAGACUGAGGUGCAGCAGUACGCCAGCUUGGUUGGUCAGGACUGCGCUGAAAGGAUUCUGCUCUACCGCGCCUAAACAUACAGCAUCAUCUCACUGCACCUUUUUAAUAUACUCUAUGUGAAUACCCACCUCCCAGCAAUGUCUGUUUCUGUUUCUGUAUGUCUGUGUGUCUCCUUUCUGUUGCCCCUGUAGUCUCACCAUGCUUCACUCUACACAAGCUGGAACACUGCAGUAGCCUUCAACUGUAUGUAUAUACUCAUUCACUCAUUGGCCAUAUGCAUUGUAAUAUCAUGUGUUCAUCACUUUGACUUUUUUUUUUUUUUUUUUGCACCAUCCUCCAUCCUGUAUGCUUAAGUAAUGAUGUUGUGAAGGAGAAUUUAGCCACACACGGGACAGCUCUCCUGUGAACAGAUGCGGGUUGGGUUAUACGUCAGCAUUGCCACUUGAUGUUCUCCUCUGAAUGGCCAGUGGGUUUGAAGGUAGUUUUCAGUUGCCUACAUUGCAUCCCAAAACUUGAAGCUGACUUGUACUCCACCACAACAUUGUGAAGAUUUUUAUCACAGAGUUUAUGUAAAACAAAGAACUCACUGUUUUCAGUGUUUUUGUCUGUUAUAUUUAUAGCUUUAUUUGCUUUUCUUUUAAUAUUGACACUGUUGUUUUUGGUUAAAUCA